AUGUACUCUCGACCAGUUAGAAGAGUAAAGGUGAUUAACUUACCAGGAGGAGAAGCGGUGUCUAUCUUGUUUGACUUUGAGAAAUUACAGAAGAGAUGCUACACUUGUCAGAGGCUGGCUCAUGAACAGGAGAAGUGCCUUAUUUUCCCUGGCAAUAAGAAGAAGCAGAGGAGUAGUGAAGAUAGUGUAUCAACUGUCUUGGUAGCGAUGACUGAACCGGUGCUCAAAAAAGGGGAUCCUCUCUUUGGAGUUCUUACAGAAGAACAAGUUGGGAUUUGUCCUUUGACGGGAAGACCUCGUAUUGUCCAAGUGAUGCUUGAUGGUAUGCGCCUCUUUCUGCAAGUGGCUAAGGGUCCUGAGACUGUGAUUCGAGAGGCUCAAGUUAGGAUCUCUAUUGAAGGUUUCAAGCAUGAUCUGAAGGGACAAAAGACCAUUCUCAGACAAGAGUCAGCUCCCUGUGUUUCCUUUGAUGUGGACAAGGGGAAGGUUGUCUCAGAUGACUUGAGAGAGGCAAUGAAGAAGGGGUUGGCUAACUCAAGGAAACCUGUGGUAGAGGAGAUCCAAUCUGAAUGUGAUAUGGUAGGUGAUGUUUCAGGGUUUCCUUGCUAUAGUGAUUCUCCUACGGGCUAUAGAACUGGUCUCAUUGAGGCUAGUUCUUCCGGAAAAUCUAGUAGAAAGGGUAAACCCCGAAGGCGUCCCCAUAUGAGGAAAAGAAAACUCAUAGGCCCAGUGAAAGAUGAUCUUGCCUUGACAAUGGGAAAGAAAGAAGGAGGUAUGAGUGGAAUGGGGGGAAAAGGAAAGCAGAGAUAG